GUUCGAGACAAGAAUUGAUUGAUGCCUGUUGUGAGUCAUCAAGGAUGACUCAAAGCAGGCGUGAACUCUACUAGACGUAAUGUACAGUCGACAGCUAACUCCUUGGUACGUGUGGGAUGGAUGUUGAAUCCACCCCGUGUCACAGCGCCCCCCAUUCCAGAUCCAUCCCUCGCGAAGCACUUCAGCGCCGUCUUCCUCACAGCCGGAUGUCCCUAACUGCCGAACGGUGCCAAUCGUCGGACCAAAUCUCGAGGGCCCUGUUUUUCAACGUUCGGCAGUCUUCUUCGGAUGCUCCCCGAGGACUGGUCAAAUCCUUGUGCUUGCAAUCCAACGCCGCACGCCUCUGAGUUUCCUGCAAGAGUCUAGAUUUGGUAUUCAUGAACUUCUCCGGAGAUCUCCCCAUCGUAGGACGGGAAAGCAUCGGCGAUCCAAGCGAUAGGAGGGAAGACGUAGAACUCCGCGACUUGGGGAAUAGUUUCUGCGGAGUAUCCCAACAGGGCCCGGACUUCGGAUUCAGACGCGCGGUCACAGACGGCGAAUGUCGCGUCGUCGCCUUCCAAGUCCUUGAACCCCGCUUGGAAAGCGGUGCUUUGGAUAGAGGGGCCUCGCAUAAAAUCUCCGACCACCGACCGUCCUCGUUGCCUUCCAAAACGUGCUGCGAGCCAGGCCACAACCCCUCCCCGCAUCACGAAACCUUGGGCGUGGGGAAGAGCGAGAAGUUCGCGGAUUUUGGCUAGGUAGUUCCAGGCAUACUGGGUGCCGCCCGUGUCGAAGGAAAUGCGAGAUUGUCCGUGGGGUUUAGGUAGAGGGUCCUCAGCGCUGUUCGUCCACGGUCCUCAGCCCGCCUCCCCGAUACCUGGCAAUCUGAUUCUCCGGCAGGAGCAGACGGAACGCUACACAGCGUUCGAUGGCCAUCUCGAGCAGAUCCUCGAUUGUCCGAACCCCUUCCGCGCAGGCCCAUAAGCACAUUUUCACCCAGGUCCGUUCAUCCGGAAGGUAAAGGAUUGCGUCGUCCAACCAGCUCCGGCUCCACUCUUCUCCGGUCCUGAGCUGGCUACAAGUAUACCGCAGGUUCGUGAAAUGCCUUCCGGAGGAUUCGCUCAAAUCGAGCCAUUCUUGCACUCGGUUCCGGGAGCGUGGACAAGGUCGGGGGGCUAGCGUUUGAUUCCUGGGGCCUCGCGGCACAGGGGACCGAGACCGGGUGGCCCAGCAAGCAACUCGAGCGGGCACUGAUUGCGUUCGUCCUCGAGCUGGGCUUUGUUCCGUCGGCUGGGGUGCCAUCACUCUGGCGGAUCACAAAUAUGAGGAGGCAUAAAGAAUGAUUUAUAUGGUAGAUAUCGUACCAUACAAAAAUGUCGUAAAUAGUGUAAUUGAAAUCUAAU